AUGGAAUUUCAGCAAUGUUUUCCUCAUGACUUGAAAAGCAUUCCCACUUCAGUAUCAGAAGCAGAAAACUACAACGGUUGUUUCGACUGCAACAUCUGCCUAGACUUUGCGAACGAACCAGUAGUCACGCUUUGCGGCCACCUUUACUGCUGGCCUUGCAUCUACAAGUGGCUCCAUGUCCAAAGUAAUGACUCUCUUGGAGUCGACGAACAUCCGCAGUGUCCUGUAUGCAAAGAUAACAUAUCACAUACAACUGUGAUACCGUUGUAUGGUCGCGGCGGCCAGAGUGAGAAACCAUCAUGUUUUAAUGAUAAUUUUGUACCACCGAGACCAUCUGCCUCAGGUGCUCAACCUCUUUUAAAUUUGGCAACCGCGUCUCAAAGCGAUCAUCAGCAGCGGCUGCUUCCGUAUCGUAAUCCUUAUCGUGGUCAAUAUUACCGACAAGAGGAUGGUGUUACUUCACAAAUGCUCAGUCUUGGUGCUUCUGUGACCUCUCACCAGCAUCCCGUGGUUGAGAUGGUUUUUUCUGUAGUAUUCGGAAGUUCGCGGAAUUCUUAUCAGACAAUGCGGAGUAAUGGCCCUAGAUUAAGUAGGCAGGAGUUGCAUACUGAUAAGUUUUUGAAUAGAAUUUCAAAUUUUCUGUUCUGUUGCCUUUUUGUAUGUCUUAUUGUAUUCUAA